GGCUAGAGUUGACUCCAACAGACUGGGUGAGAAUGAGCAAGUGUCUAGAACGUAGAAUGUAGAACGUAGAGUGAGGAAGUGUAGAAUGUUCUCUUGGCUUCUUUCUUGCUCCACGCCGGCAUGGCACCGUGACAGCGGGCGCCGCCGGCUGCUCUGACCGGAAAUGAAGCGUCUCUGUCGGCGGCUGGCGGUGGCCGUGGCAGUGCUCGUGUGGCUCGGAGCGCUCGUCUACCUGCUGGUGCUCAGCCGGAGGAGGCUGCCCGAACUCGGCGUGGCUCCUGGGGCGGCCGCCGUUCCUGGUGUCGUUGCUGGUCCUGGUCCUGGUGUCGGCUCCGACAAACAGAUGUCCGACGCCGAGUGGGAGGACAUGUUGGACGGUUUUGACGAGCGAAGUUACCUGAGCGCCCGACGCUGGAGGCCCGGCGACGACCCUUACACGCUGUACGCCUUCAACCAGAGGGAGAGCGAACGCAUCCCCAGCAACCGAGCCCUGAGGGACACCAGGCACCUCAGGUGCACCGCCCUCCACUACGAUGCCGACCUUCCCCCCACUUCCAUCAUCAUCACCUUCCAUAACGAGGCCCGCUCCACCCUGCUGCGCACUGUCAGGAGUGUUUUAAACAGAACUCCUGUUCAUCUCAUCCAUGAGAUCAUCCUGGUGGACGACUUCAGCCAUGACGGAAGCGACUGUCAGCUUCUCACCAAACUGCCCAAAGUCAAAUGUCUCCACAACAAGAAGAGAGAAGGUCUGAUCCGGUCCAGGGUGCGCGGCGCUGACGCUGCUGGGGCGGCUGUCCUCACCUUCCUGGACAGUCACUGUGAAGUCAACAAGGACUGGCUGCCCCCCCUCCUGCAGAGGAUCAAACAGGACGCGACACGAGUGGUCAGCCCCGUCAUCGACAUCAUCAACAUGGAUACCUUCGCCUACGUGGCCGCCUCCGCCGACCUGCGAGGAGGUUUCGACUGGAGCCUCCAUUUUAAGUGGGAGGGGCUUUCACCUGAGGAGCGAGCCCGUCGGACCGACCCCACGCAGCCAAUCAAGACGCCCAUCAUCGCCGGCGGCCUCUUCGUGAUUGACAGCUCAUGGUUCGAUCACCUGGGCAAGUACGACACGGCCAUGGACAUCUGGGGCGGAGAGAACUUUGAGAUCUCCUUCCGAGUGUGGCAGUGUGGAGGAAGCUUGGAGAUCAUUCCGUGCAGUCGAGUGGGUCACGUCUUCCGGAAAAAACAUCCGUACGUUUUCCCAGAAGGAAACGCCAACACUUACAUCAAGAACACGCGUCGCACAGCCGAGGUUUGGAUGGACGACUUUCGCCUCUUCUACUACUCGGCUCGGCCUGCAGCGCGAGGAAAAUCCUACGGAGACAGCAUCCGAGGACGCGUGGAGCUGAGACGCAAGCUCAAGUGCAAGUCCUUCAAGUGGUACCUGGACCACGUCUACCCAGAACUCAAAGUCCCCGAUGACUCCGACUCGCAGUCCGGGCUGAUCCGACAGAGGCAGAACUGUUUGGAGUCUCGCAGGGUGGAUGGCCAGGAGGUUCCGCUGCUCAUGUUGGUACCAUGUGUGGAUCCAGAUGGGGUCCACGCCCCCAAUCAGGAGUGGAUCUACACACCAGGCCAGCAGAUACGACAGCAACACCACUGCGUGUCCGUCACCACCACCUUCCCCGCCUCGCAACUGCUGAUGCUGCCCUGCAACAUGGCCGACGGCAAGCAGCGCUGGCAGAAGUCGGGCACUCAUCUGGAGCACCAGGCGUCCCGCUUCUGCCUGGACUCGGCCAUGGCGCUGGACGGGCUGGACUCGUCCCGCAUGCUGGUCAUCAGCCCGUGUGAGCUGAGCGCCGCCACACAGAGGUGGGACGUGCCCUUCUCCUGACCCCCCCACCACGACCACCCCCGUGACCUCUCACCUCACCUCGGAGACACCAGCUGCUGAGCAUCUCGUUAGGAGGGAAGCGGGCUGCUUGGGUCCUGAACCUAAAGUGCACCUUAAGGCCGGCCGCCAUGUUGGAGUGGUUUUUAACGUGCACAGGGAUGUAAAAGUGCACCAACAUAUUUACAAUGAGGAUGUUUUCAUAUGAAAAGGUCUUUCAGCUACGGAAAGAGUGGGGCUACUUCAUCAUCACUUCCUUUGCAUCACAGUGACAGCAGGACAGCUCCCUCUAGCGGCAGUGGCGCUGCACAGCAUGCAUGACGUUGUAGAGAGACAACAGUAAACAGGAAGUGAGGUGAUAAAGCACAUCCUGUGUGGCCGGUGAGGUCAUACGUCCUUGACACUGUGCAUGCUUUACGCCAGGCUUCCCAAACACUUCCAUGAUCUUCACACGGUCCUUCACGUGUAGCAUCCAGGCUUUUAUUGUGUUGACAGGAAGUGACUCGCAAGUGUUGUCUUGUUGUUUGUUUGAACACCUGCUUCUAUUCUCAAUAAAGUUUUAUAAUAACGUUUUCUGGACUCCU